AGCCGUGCCGCUCCCGGAGGAAGCCCGGGCGGGGGCCGGGGCCGUGCCAGGCUCCGCUGCGCCGCUCUCGGAGCCAGCCUCGCCCGCAGGAACGGCGGGGGAGGCGGCACGGGGGCGGCACGGGGCUGUCCCAGGCCAUUCUCGGUGCCGUGACGACACCGAGCCCAUGCGGGUCCCUCCCCACGCGGGCUGAGCGCUGCCCGCCGCUCCCGCAGGACGCUCCGCCGCUGGACCCCGCUCACGGCCCCGUCCCGGCUGCCAGGCCAUGCCCCAGCGCCCUGAGCAGCCCCGUGCUGGUGCCCCGCGAGCUGCAGCCCGGCCCGGCCAUGGAGAGCUCAGAGCUGGAGUCGGACGUCCUGCGGCGGGUGCGGGCGCUGCUGCGGGAGCUGGACGGGCACCACCCCUCCUGCCAGAGCGACCGAGGAAUGCUGCGCUGGACCCUGCACAAGAGAAUCGACCAGAACCCCAGAACCAGCUGUGUCCUGGUCAGGAUCCUGGUGAAGGAGCUGGAGAGGGCAGAGCGAGGGGACCUCCGGCACUACAUCAUCCCCCUGCUGCACACGCUGAUGUACACCUUGAUCCAGGCUCCCUGCGUCCCUGACGAGCUCUGUGCCAGGGUUUAUGACUUCUGCAAGAGGCUGCUGACCCUGCCCAAGCCCUUCUGCACCAUCGGGCUGGACUAUGCCAGCAGGCUGCAGGUGGAGAGGACAGCCCCAGGGACCCUGUACCAGAGGAUGGUCAUCUCCGAGCAGAGCCUGCGCACCGCCCCCUUCCCCUACCAGGAGAGGAUUUUCAUCUUUGCUGACCCCGAGCUGCUGCCCGAAGCCAUCUGCAAGGCGCUGGCCACCGACACCGCGGCGGCCCAGGAGUCCCAGAGCCCCCGGGGCUGCAUGAGCUGCGUGGUCACCCACGCCCUGCAGGCGGCCCUGGGCGACACCUGCGACACCCCCGGCCUCCGGGCGCGACUCCAGGCCUUGUCCCCGGGGGACGUGGAGCACUGGUUCCAGCAGGUGGUGGCGGCCGUGGAGGGCGCGGGCAGCGAGGGGGGCUGGGACCGGGGCCAGCACACGGCGCGGCUGGAGAGCAUCUACCGCGGGCUCCUGGGCUCCGUGCCCGCAGGGAAUGCUCCCCAGGAAGAGCUGCAGGGGACCCCUCUGCCCAGCCCCAACACCAGCUUCCACCUGUGGACAGAGGAUGAGCAGCUCUGGAAGGAGCUGGUGCUGUUCGUGCGCCCGCUGUCGCAGAGCUGCGAGCCCGAGUGCCUGGGGCAGGAGCUGGAGCCCUUGGAGAUGCCGGAGGAGCUGCCGGGCUGCGGCUGCUGCGGCCAGAGCCGCUUCUCCGUGCUGUCCACGGACAGCGGCAUCGAGCGGGACCUGGCGGCGCCGGAGGAGCCGAGCGACGCCGAGCGCUCCCGGCUGCACAGGAAGGGCGGCAUCAAGAAAAAGCCGUCCCCGCUGGACAGCGUGCCCUUCCUGCAGGCCGGCAGCGCUGUGCCCGGCGGGAAGCCCCCCGGGAGGCUGCCCAGGAGGGCAGGGAUGCCCCCCGAGCCCGCGGCCCCGCUCCAGAGGCUGCACACCGCCCGCGUGGUGCUGCUGGGGGACGAUCGCAUCCUGGGCCGCCUGGCACGAGCCUUCCACUCUCUCAGGAAACGGGAAGCCCGGCGAGUGUUCCUGACGCCCAGGCUGGACCUGCAGUUCUACCACAUCCCGGUGGUGCCCUCUGCUGCUGCCGACCACGCUGGCCCCGAGGAGCUGUGCGAGGUGGCCGGGUACCUGGGCAGGGCUGACCCCUGGUACGAGAGCAACAUCAACACCCUGAGCCACAUGAUCCCCAAGCUGGCCACCAUGCCGUGGUCGCCGAGCCGGGCCCUGGUGACCGACCCGUUCCUCACCGAUGUCAUCGCCUACUACGCGCGCAUGGGCACCCAGCCCGUCUGCUUCCAGCUGCACUCUGCCAAGCUCCUGUUCCAGGACCCAGCCCAGGAGCCAGCUGAGGACGUGUUCCUGACGGAGCUGCUGACCCAGGUGCAGGACAGCCCCUCGCACAGAGAGCUGAGCACAACCAAGAGGAAAAGCGCCCUGGAUGGGCCUGGCAUGGAUCUCACAGUGACCUACAGGCGGGUCGUGCUCAGUGACCGGCAGAAGGAGCUGGCCCUGUCCCUGCGCUCCACGGGCCUGCUGAUGAAAGCCAUCCCUGCUGAGGAGGCUGAAGGCUGUGGCAAACAGGUUCAGAACACGGAGCAUCAAGGUCAGGAGCCCAGAGCAGAGACCCUUCACGGUGCAGCUGGACAAGGACAGCAGGAGAACCUACAGGGACGUGGUCGGCCUGGAGGUGUCUCCCUGCCUCGAGCCCAGCUACUGUCUGCAGAAGACGAGGACCACGAAAUUCAGCCCUCAGGAAACAGAAGACGUGGGGCUUGUGAAAUACCUGCCCAAGUCUCUGCUGCUGCCCAUCAACACUUUUGCAGGAGUCAUCCCCUGAAGGACACGGGAGAAGCUGUCAGGGAAAGCUUUGAGCUCUCCAUUCGGGAAGAGCGAGGAAGAUCCGCGGGAGGCGGUGCUGCCUGUCCUGGGGAGCCCAGGGCAGCUGGCAGCAGCAAUAUUUCUUUUGGAGAUGUCUCCCAGCCCAGCAGGGCCAGGUUUUCACCUCACAAGCCAAACACUGGUGGUGCUCCCCAGUGCCAGACCGCGGCAGCAAACACUGUGUCCCUGGAGGAAGCUGAGGGGCGGCAGGAGCUCUCGGUACCUCAGGGAACCCUGCACGAGCAGCUCCUGUUGGGAUCGUGUGGGCUUUAAGGGUGACCCCUCUGCACCCCCCUGCCCCUCCGGGGCUUCCUGUGGGGUUUGCACGCCAAGAAAAGGCUCAGAAAGCCAAAAGGCUUGGAGCUGGCCUGGGGUGGGGGCUGGUGUGCAGUUUGUUCUGUACAGCUGUAAAUGUUGUAGAUGGAUGAUAAAUUAUUUGUAUAGGUGUUG